AUGAAUCUCUUCUCACUGAAGAUUAUUGCUCUCUCUAUCCUCUCCUUGGUAACCUCCACAGCUAACACCACCACCAUUGGAGUUACUUACAACCCUUCCGCCACCACCAACAACCUCCCAACACCUGAGCAAGUCGCCUCCACCCUCCUUUCCCACCUCCAUGUCUCCUCCGUCCACCUUCUCAACCCAACUCCGGCCGCCAUACGAGCCUUUUCCUACUCCAACAUCUCCCUCCUCCUCACCAUCCCAAACGACUUGAUCUCCUCCUUCGCCGCCAACAUCUCCUCCGCCACCCAAUGGGUUUACACUUACGUCCUCCCUUUCCAUCCCCGGGCUCGCAUUUCCCUCAUCUCCCUCGGUUCUGAUGUCGUUUCUUCCCUUCCUUCCAUGUUAGACCCCACCACCGACCCUUCCACUCUCCUCAUUCCGGCCAUGCGCAAUCUCCAGCAGUCACUUUAUGUUCUGGGCAUCAGAACCAUACCCGUUUCCACCACCUUCUCCUACAUCAGCAUCAUCACCACCACAUUCCCACCCUCCUCCGCCGAAUUCCAGGAACCCAUCAACAAUCUACUCAUCAAACCAGUUUUACAGUUCCUGGACGAGAAUAAUUCCUCUUUCCUCAUUGAUAUUCAUCCUUUCAACGUCUACAAGCUCCGCUCUGAGAUCCCAGUUGGGUUUGCUCUGUUUCAGGAUAUCCCCUACAACUUCCGGGAUGAUGCUAUAACUGGAGCCCGUUAUAGGAACUUGUUUGACAUGAUGGUUGACGGAGUGAUCGCUGCGUUGGCUAACUUCGGGCACCAAAAUAUUCCGAUGAUUGUGACUCAAACCGGAUGGCCUAGCGCCGGUGAGGAUGGGGAUGGUUCUGAGGUUAGUCCUGCUUUUGCUCAGAUUUACUUGAAGGGGUUAAUCUCGCAUUUGAAGUCUGGGCUUGGUACUCCACUGAGGAAGGAUGGUCUGGCUGAAGUUUACGUUUAUGAAUUGUUCGAUGAGGCUUCUGAUGUGAUCAACAGCAAUCGGACUGAGAUGUGGGGAAUUCUGUAUCCAAAUAUGACUAAGAAAUUCAGUAUUGACUUCUCCGGUUCAGCCAGAGCUUUUGGACGUGGAAACCUUGGAAUCUAUGGGAAUUCGCUCUUGGUCGAUCUUGUCCUUCCGUUUCUGAUGGGGAUUUUUGUUUCGUUGACCCUGUGAAUCAGUCUGACACUCGCAAUUGCUUCACAAAUUUGUGGUAAAUUCUGAAUAGCGGCAGAUACUCUGAACCAGAAAGUAAAGUUAGUAUAUGUGAUGAAGAUGCAUUUACCUGUUGAAAGGAUCCUCGAAAUGUAGUACUGAGAUAUGCUUUUCCCCUGUCAUUUUUCCCCUUAAGAUAGAGAUUGAUCGGAGUUAUGCUAGGCGUAUGUUUUAGUGACAUUCUGUUGUUUCUUCUGCUGAUACGAUGGGCAAAUUCAAAAGCUCUUGAUAUUCCUUGCAUCUGCACUCUGUUCUUUUCCUGUGCUACUUUUAGUCUUUUACUAUCAAAUUAGAAGCAUUUGCCGGUAUGGGUGUUAUGAUUUGGGCAUGUUUAUAUGGAUCAUUCGACUAGUUUUCUUAUACGGCUCAGUGUUUAAUGAUCUUCUGUCCCUUCCUUGUUUGUGUGGGGUGGAAUUCUGAAAUUGUAGCACCAUUGUAAUGGUCAGCAAGGUGAAGUUUUAAUCCUGUCCAGCUUCUAGUUUUGUAUUACUAGUUCAAUGCAGAGCCACAGUAGAUGCAAUUUGAGCUUAUUAAUCAGAGUAUUUGGAGGAGAAGUAGCUGCUUAUUCUAAGCUACUGUUAAGGUUUAAGUUGUAGUUGGAUUAUCUCGUGAUCACCAAACAAUUAGCUUGUUCUCUUGCUUGGAAGAUCACACAGUAUUCACUGAAAAUUGAUGCAUGAAAGUAUGGCAGCUAGGGGUUUACAGUUUCUUCGUUUUGCCUGCUUUUCUAAUGCAUUUUGAGGUUUACGUUCUUGCAAUUGUUUGUAAUAUGGACG